AUAGCACUUCCCUUUUCAAGUGGUGGGCUUUUCCACUUCCCCAACCCAUAAUUUAAUGUAUGUGGAUCCCCAGGAGAGGCAACGGCUGUUUUGCUACCUACCCCUCAAGCCUGCCACGCCCCUAAUGACAGAUAAGCAUUGAUCAUAACUCCUAACCAGAAUAUUUAUAACCCAGAGCCAGUGAAUGAACAGCUAAUCAGCAAGGAACAAAUGCUCCUUCAUUUGAGAUGCAGAACUUUCCCCCAGAGACUUAAUUCUUCCACAGGUUGAGCCUGGGAAAUCCUCAAGCCUUUGGCUCAGGUCUGGCUAGCAUCCCAGAUGACCAGCUGUGCGAAAGAGGGUUUCUUUUAUCUCUCUGAUUGAUGAAAGGAUGUUCUCUAAGGCAGGCAGGGCAGAGGGCACUUUCAGCUCAUUCUAGAUUCCCUUGGCCCAUUUUUGGGUAAGUGCCGGUGUUCUAGAAAGGUGAGGAUGCUAAGUUCUAGAAUGAUUUUCCCUCAAGAUCGGUCCUGGCACAUUAGAACAGCAUCUUGUACUUCAGCUGGGAAUAAAUUGCCUUGGCUGUCUCCUCUGGAGUUUAUUACUUCGUUUCCUGGCUGUUUGAGCCUUUCUCCUUCUAGUGGCCUCUCAGCAAUGAUUUUUAAAACGCCAUAGGUCUUCGGUGCCUUGAGUUUUGCCCUGGCUCCCUCAAAAACCUCCUUCCUACAAGCAUGAGGCUGGCUCACACCACCGUGCUCCUGUGGGCCUGGGGUAGUGUCCAGGCUUUUGAAAUUGUGGGGAAGGAGAACAUUUUUCAGAGGACACCUUGCCCUGCUUUUCUGAUGUUUGAAAAUGCUGCCUAUCUGGCUGACAUGAGCUUUGAGCUCCCCUGUCACUGCAAACCUGAGGAUGUUUCUGCUGUGGUCUGGUAUUACCAAAAGUAUCUGGGGAGCAGCCACACCACAGUGCUUACAGACUUCGAUGGCCGGUUGCUUACGGAGGCUGCUUUGGUUCGAGUCGGCAGUAGUAUGCUGACACGCUUCAGUAUCCGCAUGUUCAGCCUGUUGGUUUUCCGGGCCCAGCCGGAGGACACAGGCCUGUAUUUCUGUGGCACCCGAGACGGGGAUUAUUUUUAUGCCUAUGAUGUGGACAUCCAGAGCAAUAAAGGAAUUGUGGCCAGUUUCAAGGACAUGGGCCAGGAGCCAUUGGCAGAUGAGUACUACGGGAGCCUCCAUGUCUUUACCACCUUCUGGGAGUGGACCCCCUGUGACCGCUGUGGGGUGCAUGGGGAACAGUGGCGCCUUGGACUCUGCUACUUGCAGAACCCUGGCCUCUCACCUCGAUACAUUAAGACUCUGCCAGAUGUAGUGUCCUGUGGCUCUCGGGCUGUGCCAUGGGAACUGCACAUCAAGACCAAGUAUCACACACCUGAGCUGCUGAUUCAGAGCUGCCUAGUGUCCUGUAAGAAGAAUAAAGUCCGGGAGGGUAUGCAGGCAAUCUACAACUACGUGUCCAAACUGGGCAGCCGGCCCCGGGUGCCUCAGGUUCCCAUUCAAUUCCAUCAGCAGAGACUGGGUCACGGCCUCAUCAUCUCCUGUCCCGGGGCCCGACCAGAGCAUGCUGUGGCCUGGGACAAGGACAGUCAGCCCCUCUACCGUAGCCAGUACCUAAAAGGUGUGAACAGAUCCAUGAGAGUUUUCAUCGACCAUGGCAACCAUCUCCACAUCCGAUUCACCCAGCUGAGUGACCGGGGCAUCUAUUACUGCUGGCGGCAAGGGUUGAGAAUUGCUGGCUUCCGGUUGGGUGUAACAUCUCGAGGGCGCUACCCAGCCUCACUCUCAGACCCUGAGACUGGAACAGCCAUAGAGCUCACCCUGAUAGGCUAUCUGCUCAUCACCGUUGUCUUCGUCACCAUUCACCUCUGUCGUUGCUGUUGCCAAUCUCGCUGUUGUCCCAAUUUCUCUGCCCAAACCCUUCUCCAGCUGUGACGACCAGUCGUGUUACAAUAUGUUUGUUAAAUGAUACCAGAGGCUUCUGGUGGGCACCUUGGGCUGGGACACGUGACAGUGUGAUGAAGGAGUCUA